AUGGCAAACUCACAAGCAUUACCAGAUCUCUAUCCUGACAUCGAGCCUUAUGACUCUGGUUUCUUAAAAGUCUCCGAUCUUCAUACUAUUUAUUACGAGCAGUGUGGUAAUGCAUCAGGCAAUCCGGUGAUGUUUUUACACGGAGGCCCUGGAGCUGGAACUUCUGAACAUGAUCGUCGCUAUUUUGAUCCAGAGAGCUAUAGAAUUAUUAUGAUGGAUCAGCGAGGAAGUGGAAAAUCAACACCUUUCGCUGAACUACAAGAUAAUAACACUUGGACUCUUGUCGAAGAUAUUGAAAUCCUACGAAAGCAUUUAGGGAUAGAAAAAUGGGUUGUUUUCGGUGGAAGUUGGGGAUCAACAUUAUCUUUGAUCUACACUGAAGAAUACCCAGAACAUGUUAAAGCGCUCAUUGUCAGAGGAAUUUUUACUUUUAGAAGAAAAGAAGUGACAUGGGUUUAUCAAGAAGGAGCAUCAGCUCUCUUUCCAGAUUAUUUCGAAGAAUUUGUUGAACCAAUACCUGAGGUUGAGCGUGGAGAUUUGAUAGGUGCAUACUAUCGCCGUUUGACUGGCAAUGACGAAGAGGUUAAAAUACGAUGUGCUCGUGCUUGGUGUAAAUGGGAAAUGGCAAUAUCAAGUUUGCUAGUAGAUGAAGAAAUCUUCGCUCUCCUUGAGAACGAUUAUUUCACUCUCGCUUUUGCUCGUAUUGAAUGCCAUUUUUCCGUUCAUGGCGGAUGGUUUAAGAGUGCAAAUCACAUUCUGGAUAACGUGGAAAAGAUUCGACAUAUUCCCGGUGUCAUUGUGCAAGGACGGUAUGAUGUCAUAUGCCCUGUCCAGACUGCACGGGAUUUGCAUAAGGCAUGGCCAGAGGCUGAAUUUCAUAUAGCUCCCGAUGCCGGACAUAGUGAAUAUGAACGUGGGAUAAUCGGAAGACUUAUAGAGGCUACUGAUAAAUUUCGUAAUAUUUAG